AGGACCAUAUCGGUCGUUACCGUUUCAUUUUCGACUAUAAAAAGGAUCGCGCUAACUGCUGAAAAAUCAAUCACUCGACUUCUACAGUUCGACUAACUUCAAGAAUGAUGAAAGUAUUGAUCGCCCUCGCUUCGCUGUUGGCCCUGAGUGCCGGUCAGCUCAACACCUUGACCAACACACAAGAAUUAGAUCCGGCUGGUAACUUCCGUCUGAAUUGGGAAGUCCUCCCUGAAAGCGGAGACAUCGUCUUGGAGAUCGUAGCCAACGCCACUGGAUGGGUUUCUCUGGAAAUUGUCACCGACGACGGUAAAUACGCCGAUGUCAUUUUUGGAGGCUACAACGACGAAUUCAGCUUCGGUUACCUUGAGGACUGGAGUCUUGAAUGGACCCCUGGUGCUCACUUGCUUCCCAUUCCGGAUGCAAGCAAAGAUCUGAUCCUGCAAACAUCUUCUUUCAGCUCUCCCACCACCACUAUCCGUGUCAAGCGAUCGCUCAACACCGGAGAUUAUUACGAUGUCCCCUUUCACAGCGGACAGAUGCCAGUUGGCUGGUCAUACAGCACAUCGGACGCUUACGACUCGGUUCACGCAGCUGCCGGUUUCGCCUACGUCACCUUCUAUUAAAAAUAGAGGAAACAAUAUUAUCAACAACAUAAUAUAAGAUAAACCAAUACAAACCAGUUGGAUAAGUUGAGCAUCACACCUAGCGACCACACGUAGCAGACAAAUGGAACUAUAACAAUGAGAAAUUUUGAAACAAUACAAUACUUUUGAAAGUAUUAUCAUAUUAUGUAUAGUAACGAUUCAAAAUUCUACAUUACAAUAAAUGUAUGAAAUUGUA